AUGGAGCUGCAGUUUGAACCAACAACGCUCAGUGAUUUCCAAUCUGAAAGGAAAAUGCAAGAGAAGUGUCAUAUGGGAAAGAAGGAGCGGAAAUUCUCACGGACUACCCUUGGGCGUGUUUACGAGCUGAAUGAUCCGCUGCGAGCAAUGAAAGAAAAGCGUGCUCCAGAAAGCAGCCAGCCGAAGACCGUAAUGAGUCCUUGA